GGAGGCUCAGUCAGUCGUCAGUCAGUCAGUUGUUUCCGCAGCGAGUGAGUGUGCGACGCCGCUCGGCACGCGAAUCGUCAACCCUUUCUUUCAAGCGCAGAGUUACCAUAGCAAUAGCGAUCGACGCCACAAUGGCCGCACCGAUGGGCAACAACCCCCCGAUCAAGGUCGACCCCGCGUACUACGAGGAGCAACACCAGCAGUACCAGCCUCCGCAGGAACAGCAGCAGCAGCAGCAGGUCAACCGGCUCAAGCGCACCCUGACCCUCGACCUGAACAGGGCGCCGGCCUUCAAGAAGAGCAAGCUGGGCCAACAACCGGUGUUGUCGUCGCCCGACCUGCACAUGCUCAAGUUGGCCUCUCCGGAGCUGGAACGGAUCAUCAUGCAGAACCAGAACGGCUCGCUGACCACGCCCACGCCGUCGCUGCUGUUCCCGCGUUCCGUGACCGAGGAACAGGAGCUGUACGCGCGCGGCUUCGUCGACGCCCUCAACGAGCUGCACCACAGCGACUCGUCCAGCCAGAUGGACGGGCCGCAGGCGCCCGACACCCCCGUCACCUACACCACCCUCGAGUCGCAGCCGCCCCUGCAGCAACAGCAGCAGCAGCAACACAACAACAACACCUCGCCGCCCAACCACCUCCUGCAAGGGAUGGUGAGCAGCAGCAGCCUGAGCCACCCGUACGUGACGUCGAGCUGCAGCGGGAGCACGUCGAGCGGCGCGUCGUCGCCCGUGGGCAGCCACUACGCGGCCAGCAUGUCGCCGGCCAACCUGAUGGGGGUGCGCAUCAAGGACGAGCCGCAGACGGUGCCGUCGAUGGGCGGCGGCGCGUCGCCGCCCGUCUCGCCCAUCAACAUGGAGAGCCAGGAGCGCAUCAAGCUGGAGCGCAAGAGGCAGCGCAACCGCGUCGCCGCCUCCAAGUGUCGGCGCCGCAAGCUCGAGCGCAUCUCGCGGCUCGAGGACAAGGUCAAGAACCUCAAGGGCGAGAACACCGAGCUCAGCGUCGUGCUCAACAGGCUCAAGGAGCACGUGUGCCAGCUCAAGGAGCAGGUCAUGGAGCACGUCAACUCGGGCUGCCCCAUCAUGACGGCCACGACGAGCCUCAGCUUCUGAUUCCACGCUCUUGGACAGAGUGAACGCGAUGCUAGUUUCGAUAAAAUUAGUUCAAUUAUUGUAUUCGUCCUAAAUGAUUCCUUAGUUGCGUCAAAAGAAAAGUGCUGCGCCUUCCGAGCUUCAAAUUAAAGCCGGACGGGCCAUGAACUUUGUCUUAAGUGAAGCGUCCAGGGGCCGACCAAUUUAUUAAUAUUUUUUUCAUAGAUUUUUCCCACUAAUGUGGUGAACUGGCUGUUUAUAUAAAUUUUGGAAAUAUUUUCUAUACGACUGUAUAAAGGGUGCUAUAAAAUUUUGAGUAAAUUUUCAACAAAAUCUAAAUGACAGUUUUGGAUAAUUUUGACUUGUAAUGCAGUUGAUUGGCUCUAUUGAAAUAUUUCUAUGAAAUUUAUCCUCAAUUUAUGAAAGUGUGCUCCUGCCUCGGCCAAUCCCACUCAACUGCAAGUCGGAAAUUCCAGUCGUUUUUAUUAUAAUUUUUUUUGCAUAGUCGGCCCCGCUGCUCUCAGAGUUGUGAAUGAGAAUCCAAGUUGUAAUGAAACAAACCCAAGUACAAGAAGUGAUCGAUUUCAGCACCAGUCAUCUGAGCAAUAAUCCCGAGGUGCCAAAGCCCUCGGCUAAUAUACAAUUAAAUUAGAAUGUAUUUUUACGAAAUGAGAUACUUUGACCGAGUCAUAUAUAAAUGCACAAAGCAAAUAAAAAAAAUAAUUGGUCAAUUUGUACACGUUUUGUAUUGGAUUAUGACACAUUGUGAUUUUUUAUAGAAUAUUCAAGUGCCAAUGAAUAAAUAAACGACGUGCAAAGCAAUUUUCCUUUUUUUUUCUUGGUAUUUGGAUGUUAUUGUAAGCGCUGCCGGAGGCUGCCGAAAAUAAUUUUGUUUUAAAUACAAUCCGCUCAAAUCCGUUUGCCAAACUGGAAGCUCUACUUUCGAUUUACGUGCGUUGAGUGAAGAUGUUUCUCAACGCGGCGGUUUUCCCCGGCCUAGGGCCUUCCCGAGACAACUUUCCAAGCAGCCUCUCGCAGCGACCAAUAUUUUCGUAAGCGAAAUUUCUUUCGCACUCUCCUCACCGAACGCGUGCUCUAUCCAUUUAAAUAUCGAUUGAGAAAAAAUAAGUAAAUGUACAGUAUUUUUACAUCCACACAAAUUUGAUGCUAUAUUAUAUUGUUGUAGCCUGUAAACAAGCUGAUGAGAAAAAUAUAUAUUACCAUUUUGAAGCGAGAGACGUGCCCGUCGUCUCGGCUGGAAAACUUAUUUAUAUGCUAAGAUCAUCCAGAGGAGAUAAUAAAAUAUAGAGAACCAUAUAGUUUUUUUUUGUAUAGCAAUAAAAUAAAACGACGCCUUGUGCUUCUGAACA